GACAGUAUUAAAUCUAGAGUAUGAUUUCGACAAUGAGUAGUUCCUGAAACGUGUUGUCUAACCCCAAUAGAGUUCAGAAUGUCUAUAAAUGUCUGUGUUUUUGAUAGGCUCAUUUAAGACUCAUUCAGGACAUGCAAAGUGUAUGAGAGCAAGAACGCAGAAACCUGGAAAAUCCUGUGUAGAAAGCGUAGUCUCAUGUUAGGUUAUUCCAGGUCAGAAUUUGGAAACCUGCAAACCUUUCUGAGCGUCUUUUAUAAAACAGGCUUCAGAUGUGCUGAAUGCAUCGAAAAGCUUUCCCGUUCUGACGCCGGAUAUUGCAUCUACAGUAAUGACUGGUACGGCUGUAGGUUUGAUCCUCAUGGUCUUUGAUUUUUCCAGGCUGAUACACAGGCCGAUCUUAAUGGCUUCGUGGUUGAUGUGAUAUAAACUGUGCUAAUGAUUGUUCACAAAUGGCAACAUAAUUCUCAUGCUGUCCAAAUGAAUUUGUGCUGCAAAUAAAACUUUGGUAAUGCUCUGUUUCACAAGGAGUUUGAUAACUGCCAGGUUGAAUGUUUGAAAGGAAAGAGUUACUGAGAUUACAAGUAAACUUUUUUUCAUUAGUCUUUUUUUCAGUAGACGUUGAUGCUUUAAACUGUUUUUGUAUUUUUUUUUUCUUCUAGACCUGAUUGAGGAGAGUCAAGAGCUGAUUUGGAAAAGAAAAAGCAGAAUGAGAAAGAUCAUGAUUUAAAAAUUGGAGAAAAGAUGGAAUCUAACAGUUUUUUAAUCUGCCGUCUUUGUGGAAAGAGCUUCAAUCGAAAACAAAACCUUACGCUCCAUAUGCGAGUCCAUACUGGAGAAAGACAUUUUAUCUGUAAACAGUGUGGAAAGAGUUUCACUCAAAGUGGAAACCUUAAAAUUCACAUGAGAAUUCACACCGGAGAAAAGUCUUAUAUUUGCUCUCAGUGUAGACAGAGAUUUACAAAUAAAGGCAACUUAAUUUACCACAUGAGAACUCACAGUGAAGAGAGCUUGUUCACCUGCCCACAGUGUGGGAAGAAUUUCCCUCAAAAACAAAACCUGGCAACCCACAUGAGGAUUCACACGGGAGAGAAGCCAUACAUUUGCACUCAGUGUGGAAAGGAUUUUACUCAUAAAAGCAACCUUAAUUACCACAUGAGUACCCACAGUGGAGCGAAGCCUUAUACUUGCUCUCAGUGUGGACAGAAAUUUGCAAAUAAAGGCAACCUUAAUUCCCACAUGAGGAUUUACUCUGGAGAGAAGCCUUACACUUGCCUUCAGUGUGGAAAGAGUUUCGCUCAUAAAUCCACUCUUAAUAAACACAUGUUAAGUCAUACAGGAGAGAAGCGGUUUGCAUGUGCUCAAUGUGGAAAGAGUUUUGCUCAUAAACACACUCAUAAUAACCACGUGAGAAGUCACACAGGAGAGAAGCAGUUUGCAUGUGAUCAAUGUGGAAAGCGCUUCACAACAGAACUAAGCCAUAGAUACCACAUGACCAUUCACACCAUGUGGUCUGUUGAAAGCGCUAUAUAAAUGCAGUCCAUUUACCAUAAAGUAGGCCUAAAUUACCACAUAAGGACUCUCUCAGGAGAAAAAUGUUUUAUAUGUCAUCUAUGUGGGAAGAGUUUUAAAAAUUCACAUGAGAGAUCACGCUGAAGAUAAUUCCUUCACCUGCAAAACUUAGUGAACGUUCACUGCUGCUGAGUGUGAACCAAAUCUGAUUGUACACCUUUUAUUUUCAACAUUCACCUCUAUCUACAUUAUCCACCUAUGUUGAGGCUACAUCUGACCAUCUCCUUUGCUGUAGUUUCAAGCAUUUAUAUUUACAUUUAUUCCAAAUUAACUUAGAAAUUUUGUAAUAAUAUUUAUUUAAAUAAAGAUUUGAAUAGAAAAGGAAUAUCGAACAAGUGUGUGUGUGUGUGUGUGUGUGUGUAUAUGGACCUCCACUGUGGACUUUAAUUGAAUACCCCGGUAUAGAGGCAUCAUUCCAUUUCAUACAUUCAUAACUUGGAAUCAAAAUAGUAGUUGAAAUUCGGUCAUGCUGUGAAAUGCCACACUGUAUAACUGAAUUAUAAUAUUAAUGAUGUUCAUAUAAAUAAAAUUAAAAGCUGAAUGAAAUAAAGAUUUUUACACUACAUUUUCUGAUUAAUCUUAGUGAGAGAAUGUACUGGUAAUACACUCAUCUGAUGAUGUCAUGAAGAUAUUUCCGUCAAGUUGGCACCCCAUAAAAAGAAAUAAUCUAUAAAACUAUGCUAUUCACUGAUUUGUGUCGCAAAAACGAGUGUUUGUGCUGGUUUGGUGUUUGAGAUAUCAAACAUUUUCUUUCACCGUGUGAUGUCACCCUCCACCCCAUGUUGCCCAAAAUCGCUCCAAAUCGGCCCAGUUAGUUUAUGUUGGGUCUGUGCCAUUAAAACAAAUGCUUUAUCUAUUUUCCUUCCUUAAACUGGGGUGGGGAGUGACGUCACCAAUCCCUUCUCUCUAAAACUGGUGUCAUUCAUUUGUGCUUGAUUACCGUAUUUUCCGGACUAUAAGUCGCACUUAUUUUCAUAGAUGGGGUGGUCCCGUGACUUAUAGUCAGGUGCGACUUAUUUUUCUAAAUUAAUUUUACAUAAACCAAGAGAAAUGAACCAAGAGAAAA